AUGAGGAACAAAUCCCACUCUUUCAUCAAGACAAAGCUCAUAGUCAUUUUCUGCUCAAUUUUGGUCUUGAUCAUAUUCGUCUUGAAAAGAACAAGCAUCUCUUCUUCCUCUUCAAACUCUGUUUCUCACUCAACCACACGAGAGAAGCAUUACCAAAACCCUAAAUGCCCACAACAAUGCACCAAAUUGCCCACUUCUCUAUCCGAUGCAUUGGUUCACUACGUCACAACAGAGAUCACUCCACAGCAAACGUUUAGCGAAGUCUCUGUUUCAAAGAGAGUCUUGGACAAGAAAUCUCCUUGUAACUUUCUCGUCUUUGGCUUAGGACACGAUAGCUUGAUGUGGGCUUCUCUCAAUCACGGUGGACGCACUUUGUUCCUCGAGGAAGACAAAGCUUGGAUCGAGACAGUGACUAAGAAAUUCCCAAACUUGGAAUCAUACCACGUCGUGUACGACACGAAGCUGAAAGAUUCGAUCAAGCUCAUCGAGCUAGAGAAAACAGAGGAUUGCAAAUCCGUCUCUGAUCCGAGAGAUUCGAAAUGUGCUCUGUCGCUCAAAGGUUUUCCGGCGGAUGUUUACGAGACGCAAUGGGAUCUGAUAAUGGUCGAUGCUCCUACUGGGUACCACGACGAAGCUCCGGGGAGGAUGAGCGCUAUUUACACGGCGGGUUUGUUAGCUCGCAACCGUUUUGACGGCGGCGAAACUGACGUUUUCGUUCACGACGUUAAUCGACCGGUGGAGGACGAGUUCUCGGCGACGUUCUUGUGCCGAGGAUACUUGAAGGAGCAGGAAGGGAGGCUCAGACAUUUCACCAUCCCUAGCCAUCGGACUCGCUCCGUGGGAGUAGUUGAUGUUAGCAAGGAGUUAGUGUGCGGGAUAAUUGAUUAUUUAGGGGAGUUCAACUUCAGGAAGAUGGCAGAGUGGUCCUUGAAGACAUUUCUCAUGGUCUGCAACAAGGUGGAUCCAACGGUGAAGCCUCCAGGUUCUUACAUGAACAGGCUCAUCGAGACCAACUUCAAAGUUGAAUCAUGA